AUGGAGUUGCAGGUCCCAAUUGCAAUCGCAAGUCUUAAGGAAAAGCUGCCUCAGUCAGUCUCCUCCCCUCCUUCCACUAUCGCCGCCGCCGCCGCCACCCAGGCUCCUGACAGAUGGCGCAACCGCAGCAUCGCAGCUUUGGCGCUGCUCCUCGGUAGCUUGCACAGCUGGAGCCCGGACUCCGCUCCCCUGCCUUGCCUCCUCACCCCUGCGUCAGCUCCCAAAGCGGGGAGAGCGGCUCAAGACAGACAUCCCUGGCCGGCCUAUGGCGAAGCGACUUUGGGGCGGAUGGGAACGCUUCCGUCCUUAUUGGCAGGCCCCCCGUACGGGAAGGCGGGAUUCUAUUGCACUUGGAAAACAGUUACCAUUUUCGGUUGCAAGCUUUCCAGCUCUCAGUUGAGUCCACCUGUACAAAAGCUUUCUUUCAGGGCAUCAGGCCAGGGACAGCAGCAAAGAAAGAGUGGAGAAGAAGGUGCAGGAAACAGUGAGCUUCAUCAACGUCAAGAGUUAUGUCACUGGCCCUGCAGAUGCCCACCUGUGCCAAACUGCAGUCCUGGAGUGAGUCUGCUGAGAGAUGGCUGUGGAUGCUGCUGGAUGUGUGCCAAACAAGCAGGCACCAUCUGUAAUGAAGCCGAGGUCUGUGACCAUCACAAGGGACUAUACUGUGAUUACUCUGCAGAUAAGCCUAACUAUGAAAGAGGAAUAUGUGCAUAUAUGAUAGCAGUUGGCUGUGAGCUCAGUGGUGUAUACUAUAUCAAUGGCCAAUCUUUCCAGCCUUCUCCUCUUUUUUCGUGCUUGUGUGUGAAUGGUGCAAUUGGAUGCACACCAGUAUUCAUCUCCAAGUCAACAUCUAAUGAAUGUGCAUUGCUCAAGAACAGAAAGAAAGUUGGACAUUCCAAAUGUGCUUCAGGGCAUCUGGAAGAACAACAAUCAAGACAUUACCGAAUAAUGCCAGCUUUCAAAAAUGUGCCCCUUGUUUUGAAAAAGAAAUGCCUAAUACAAGCAACUUCAUGGACACCUUGUUCCCGAACUUGUGGCAUUGGCAUCUCUGACAGGGUGACCAAUGGAAACAGUAAAUGUGAAAUGAGGAAGGAAAAGAGACUGUGUUAUAUUCAACCCUGCCAAGCAAAUUUUCCAAAGACUCUGAAGAUUCCAAAAGGAAAAACAUGUCAGCCAACAUUUCAGCUUGCUAAAGCUGAGAAACUAGUCUUCUCUGGAUGUGCAAGUAGACAAAUAUACAAACCUAUGUUUUGUGGAAUCUGCCUGGAUAAGAGAUGCUGCAUACCCAAUAAGUCUAUAAUGAUUACAGUGCAGUUUGACUGCCCUAAGGAAGCAUCCAUCAAGUGGAAGAUGAUGUGGAUUACAUCUUGCGUUUGUCAGAAGAUAUGCAAUGAUCCAGGAGACUUGUUUUCUGAACUCAGGCUUUUAUAAGAAAUGUAUGGAAAGGAAAUAACCUCCUCCUUUGUUGCCA